AGUCGUCUCCAGGACAUGGAGGGCGUGCGGCAGGGCGGGGGGCCCCCCGCGGGUGGGCCGGGGUCCGGCUCUGGCUCCGCGUCCGGGUCCUUCCCGUCUCUGUUCCCGCCGGGGCUGCACGGUAUCUACGGCGAGUGCCGCCGCCUCUACCCCGACCAGCCCAACCCGCUCCAGGUCACCGCCAUCCUCAAGUACUGGUUGGGAGGACCUGACCCUCUGGACUAUGUUAGCAUGUACAGAAACCUGGGAAAUCCAGCACUGAAUGUUCCUGAGCAUUGGCACUACGUCAGCUUUGGGUUAAGUGACUUGUAUGGAGACAACAGGGUACAUGAGUUUACGGGAACAGAUGGACCAAGUGGUUUCGGAUUUGAGCUGACAUUUCGACUGAAGAGAGAAACAGGGGAGUCGGCGCCGCCCACGUGGCCAGCAGAGCUGAUGCAGGGCUUGGCCAGAUACGUCUUCCAGUCAGAAAACACCUUCUGCAGCGGUGACCAUGUAUCGUGGCACAGCCCUUUGGACAACAGUGAAUCUAGAAUCCAGCACAUGUUACUGACAGAAGACCCUCAGAUGCAGCCGGUGCAGACUCCUUUUGGGGUCGUUACUUUCCUACAGAUUGUUGGGGUUUGCACGGAGGAACUGCAUGCGGCUCAGCAGUGGAACGGUCAAGGGAUCUUGGAACUGCUUCGGACUGUCCCAGUAGCUGGAGGCCCCUGGUUGAUAACAGAUAUGAGAAGAGGGGAGACAAUAUUCGAGAUUGACCCACAUCUGCAACAGGAGAGAGUCGAUAAAGGGAUUGAGACAGAUGGCUCAAACCUGAGUGGAGUGAGUGCCAAAUGUGCCUGGGAUGACCUCAGCCGGCCACCGGAGGAUGAUGAAGACAGCAGGAGCAUUUGCAUUGGGACGCAGCCCCGGCGGCUUUCUGGAAAGGAUACAGAGCAAAUCAGGGAGACUUUGCGGAGAGGGCUUGAGAUUAACAGCAAACCUGUCCUACCUCCAAUCAAUGCACAAAGACAGAAUGGGUUGAACCACGACCGAGCACCAAGCCGUAAGGACAGUUUAGAAAGCGAGAGCUCAGCAGCCAUCAUUCCUCACGAGCUAAUCCGCACAAGGCAGCUGGAGAGCGUACACCUGAAAUUUAACCAGGAGUCCGGAGCGCUCAUUCCCCUCUGUCUAAGGGGAAGGCUCUUACAUGGACGGCACUUUACGUAUAAAAGUAUUACAGGAGAUACAGCAAUCACGUUUGUAUCAACAGGAGUAGAAGGAGCCUUUGCUACAGAGGAGCACCCCUAUGCAGCACAUGGACCUUGGUUACAAAUCCUAUUGACCGAAGAGUUCGUAGAGAGAAUGCUGGAAGAUUUAGAAGAUCUGAAUUCUCCAGAGGAAUUUAAACUUCCAAAGGAGUACAGCUGGCCUGAAAAGAAACUGAAAGUUUCCAUCUUGCCAGAUGCCGUGUUCGACAACCCGCUGCAUUAGAGCUGAAUUACACUCUUCUAACAACUGGGAGAGCCAAGUUACUGUCCAUUACCCAGUGACUCACAGGAUAAUUAAUGCAGUAAAAACUCUGCCUGCAAAUAAAAAGAGUUUGCUGCACAACCACUGCAAACAGAAGAGGAGCUACUCAGCACCAGCCCAGACCGAACUGAGCCCUUUCCUUUAUCCUUCCCAAGGCUGAACUCUCUGGGAGCAGCCUGCGUAUGUGUGAGUGCGAGUGAGAAAUAUUUAACUAUGAAAAUUAGUAGUAAGAAUCCUUUUUCUCUCUAGCUGCAGAACUCCCCUCUGCCUUAGCCCAGGGUGUAGACGCUCUGCACGCCUGUAUUUACACAUACAUUUCUGCCAGGUGCGAGCCUAUAAUCCAUGGAUUAAAUGUUCUUUACGUGACUCUGGAGUCCUUUUGUUAGCCAAACUUUUACUGACUGCAGAACUGUUCUUCCAUGUGCUAUUUUUUUUUCUUUUCAGAAACAGAAUGGUAUUUCCCCUGUUUAAAGGAGGCCAAAAGCUCACAUGCUUGAAGCUGAACAGAUUUAAAGAUGAACUUUCUAGUUCAGUCAAGAAAAACAAACCCAGAUCCUCCCUGCCCUCAAGUUAGGCAUGUUUUAAGUGUUGGUCUUGGUGCUAUUAGCUAUGGUAUCACUGCAAACAGAGGCAACUUUAUUCUCAUGCAUCCUGUCCUUGUGCCUGAACCCCAGGGAAGGUCGCAACCUCUGGUUUUGCACAAGCAGGAGGAAGAAAGCUACCGGGGCGGGGGAGAUCUCCUGUUUACAGUGUGUUUAUCUUUAAAGAGAUACUGUCAAGUAUUUUUUCCUUGCUAUUGUACAGAAUUUUAGAAGCUAGAAAGGAUCAUUUGUUCACAGGGACAACUUCAGCAGCUCUAUAGGAUCCAGGGGGCUGCUUGAAAGCAUAUGAAGUGGAGAUCUCCGCUGCCCUGGCAUAGCAGAGAGGAGACUCAGCCUCAAUAAAGCCAACUAUUCUCCUGUUCAGCAGGGUUCUGCCCUAAUGCAACUGUUUUCCCCUCUAGCCUCGCUAUGGUGGCUCUUGUUGCUGACCUUCCUCCUUUCAGAUAGACUUGAACUGGAAAGCAUCAAAAUCGGUCUGAAGAGACCCUCUCUCUAGAUCCCUGUGGCUUCCUCCUUGGAGCAAAACAUGGUGUGCAGAGGAGCUGGUCUCUGCAGUGCCAGCUUGUGUCUCUGCAUAGAGCUGCUGGCCCUGUGGAUACGCUGCAGCAAACCACCGCAGGCUUUACCCCCUGCUGCUGCUGCAGGUUGUUUCUGAUGCAUAUUCCCCAGCCUUCCUCUCCCAUUGUCUUUUGGUGACAACUCUUCACUCCUUGUCAAGGGGAGGUGCAGCUUUCCUUCCACCCCUUUCUGCCUACAAGAUAACUUGGAGGUUUAUGCAAUUGCUGUGUGAUCAUAAUACAAGUAUAACAAAAGCUUUUAACACUUAACUCCCCUGAUCAAACAACAAAGUCCAGGAGGCCUCACAGUACCCCAGGGUUGGUUUUCUGUUUGUUUUCUGAUUUAAUUUCUUCCCGGCACAGUCAGCUUUGAUGUUUUUUGCAUAUAUUUGAGGCUGGUUAAUGUUGGUCAAGAAGCAGAGCUAGGAGCCACAAAGCUUUCCUUGGACUUGCUACAGAAUUCCUCUGUGGCCUCAGGCGAGUCACUCAAUGUCUCUCUGUGCAGAGAGGGUGAUUAUUGACUAGAGGGUUGUAGGACCUACCGAAGCAUGCCAGGGUUUGCAGGGGAGGGCGUGCUUUGUGUACCAAGUAGUAUUUGUACUAUUAUAAUUGUUUUUAUAUUAUAAUUUAAGGCAGGCCAAAUGCAGAGUCCAACACUGCUCUGCAGAACCUUCCUUUCUGCAAAGCUACGAAGCAAUUUACAUGUAAAUGAGUUUGUCAUUUUGUCUGAACUCAGAGGAUCAUCUUAAAAUCCUGCUGUGAGAGAGCAAACUUUCAGAUAUCUGCAUGUGCCAGCCAGAGUGAGUUCUGUGCUGAGGCAGGCUGCAUUCAUCCGUGGGAUCUCUUGGCCAGUUUUCAUUGUCCUGGUUAGCAGUAAGCAUCCCUUCUGUACUGUAGAUGUAUAUGCAAGGGACAGCGUGGGUGAGAAAGCGGCAUGAAAAUGUACCAGUCUAGCUUCAGAAACGACGUGCCCAAGUGUCCCGCUGCAAGAUAACGAACAAACAGAUGAUUGUGGCAGUGGGGGAAAAGGCAAGGGCAGCAACUACAAUUUUGUCCCAAAGCCAUCCGCCAACAGUAGCCCAUGGAUGCUCUUGUACGAGCUUGCUGGGGGUGCCUGCAGCAGAGCUGGCCUGUUGCCACCACGCUGGCUGCUCUUCCUUGUUUCCAGAUGCUAGCUCUCAUUAAAAGGAGCUUUAAAUCCACAUCUUAGUGGAGAACGGACAUUUGGAAGGUCAAUUGUUGCUGUUCCUGCAGAGAUCAGCACGGAACAGAGAGAAGUCCAUCAGACCCUCUCUGAGCUCUGACACACAUCUGGAAAGCUUGGGACCUCGUGCCCUAUGAACUCUUUGAGCCUUGGCGGCAGGGAUGUGGUGCUGUACGCAGGGAAAGCACCUCCUCCAAGCUGCCUUGUGCUUCAGUUCUGCCUUUCUCAUGCAUAUGUUUUCCUCACCAUAUUUACUCUCAUCGGACACUCUGGGUUGGAUUUUCAUUGACUUCAGAGGGAGCAGGCUGAAUGCAUUUUGAUAAUCCACCCAGGAUCCUUGUGUGUGUGUGUAUUUUUGUUCCAUGUCAUGUAUUUAUAUAUAGUUCUGUGUAUUUGAGUUAUGAACAGGUGGCAUGCCAGAAAUCUCUAUUUCUGAGACACUUUCUCACAGAUCGUUGCUGGUAGCCAGAUAACAAUUGAGGGGAAGGCUUGAAGGGAAGGAAGUGAAAUCUUCCUAUUUAGUUAAGGGGGAAAAUAUUAGACAAAUAACUGCUAAAAUAGAAAUAUGUGUCUAAUUGGUAGACCAAUUAUAAGAGAGAACCUGGUGAAAGUCAGCUCUUAAGCUCCCAGGUCACGUCGCUGCCUCUCAGCAAGUUAUCUAAGAAUAAGGAAGUUGCACAUUACUCUGUAUCAUGAAGAGCUGGGCACCCACAGGACCUCCCCUCCCCAAUUCACAUGAAGUUUGCAACUGUGCAAACUUACUCAUUGGCAAGUAAAUGAGAUGUCAAGUCUGGAUAUUUUCAUCUUGGGGCAAGAGGAUAUGCCUGUGUGUGAAGGAAAUGGAAAAGAAACCUUUGUAUUUUAGUGAGCAAGUAGUUUGAAACAGGGAAAUGCAUCAGUGUUAAUAAGUACCACAGUAUUUUUCUAGCCCAAACCUGCUGAGAUGGUAGGUCCACUGGUGCUGAUUUUUUCCUAGAUUGCGUAGAAGGUCUGAAGCAGGUUUGUAUGGAACCAAAACCUCUGAGGCUUGUGUUAGCUAAAGACAGUGACCUGGAUGGAAACGAAAGCAGCACGUACAGGUUUUCUCCCUUCUGGAGAAAUCCAGCAAUGCAGGUCAAUCAGGAUAUUUCAAAAGAUGAAGAGCCUUGAAAAUCCAACAUGUGACAGCAAUUCUGAAACAGGAGAAGGUCUAAAAGCCAGGACUACUCUCCCUCUCAAUUUCUGAUUAAAAACAGGGCAAGGAGUGUAUCAUUUCAGUAUUAAAGUAUGUAGGAUGUGAUCUGAGUGGAGCAGUCAGUCUUGUAGCUGCUGUGCCCAUACUUUCAGUGGCUUAGGUGGUGCCUGCUGCGUCUAAUGUCUUUGAGGAUGGUAAUAUGCUAGUUCUACUGUAUGUGAAUUUGCCAACAGUGAUUUGAAAUAUUCUGAAGCUCUUCACUUCAGAUAUUCAGUUGCUCAUGGAUGGCUUUUGAAAUUACACCAUCAGGUCAUCAAAUAGUCUUGGAAGAAGUGAGGGUUGUGUUGUUUUUCAUCUGUGACCAGUAGAAAUAUCUUUUAAAACCCCAGUUGAAAGUGAUGCUUGGCUUGUGCGGGCAGAUUGCUGGGGAGAGGUGUGUGUGGGGCAGCAGGUGAGCAGCCCCCCUCCUGCACCCACAGCUCAGUGGCAGUGCAGUGCAGUGCAGGCAAGGCAGUGCAGUGCUUACGCGUCUCAGGCGCUGCAAGUGGAGCUGCAAGGGAAGCUGGAAACCAAAGUGGGAAUCAUCGGUCCCUCAGCACAGCACGGGAUCCCUGCAGGCCAGUCCUCAUUUCCAUGCCAGGACCCACAGAGGUCCAGCACAGGUGCAAGCAUCCAGCCAUGCACAUCCCACCGUGUUCACGUCUCUGUGAACGGCUGUGUUGGAAAAUGUUCACUGGAAAAUGUUUGGCUGACUGCAUGUUUCACAGGAUGCUGGGUUAGCUCACAGGUUGGCAUGGGAUUGUGGUUGCUCGGCUGUUAAUCUGUCCUGAUGACUGUUCCCUCCUCCUAGAUGGGCAUCCAGAGUCCCGCUUUUCCAGCUUGUAUCUGGCCAGGGCAGGGCAGCAUCAUGUCAACUGAGGAGAAAAGCUACGGGCCAGAGGAAACCCUUAGACCCAUGUGUCCAAUUUUCCCUUUGCCCAGGGCAUGGCCUUGCACCUUGUGGCUCCUCUGUAUGAAGUCUUAGGCUUCAGCCCCUGUGCCAUCACAGCCAGCUGAGGAGGGGCUCCAGCACCAGGAGAGCCCUUCCACCUCCGGGGGACUCGGUCCUCUAUGUAACUGCACUCCCCUGAGAGAAUACAUUGUGCCUUAAUUUUUCUUGUGAGUGAGGCUGCAAGGGCAGCUCAAAUUGUUGGGCAACCAGAAAUUCCUUUCUGUGCAUCUGUCCCUAUCGAUAAAUGCCAGCCUGCACAACAGCCAGACUGUAUCCAAAACAAUCUCAAAAUCCACAUUUGCCUCUGAGGUUCACCUCCCAAGAUUUUAAAGCUGGAUUUAGGUCUCUGGGACCUAAUGGGCUCUCUUUCAACCUCCUAUUCUUACGACAUUUUUUCUGUUGUGCAGUGUCUGCUUGUUCUCUUUUCUUUUAAAAAAAAAAAACCCUUGUGUUUGACAUGAGUCCAAAAUUUCAAAUGGGGAAUAGGCCUGAGGUUGCAAAUGUGUUUUAAACCUGGUCCCGCAUUGACUUGUCUCUCUCAGGCAGAGAACCUGGAGUGUAUUGUGCUUCACCACCUCUUCAUUUCUACCAUAGUUCUGUUUCCCCUAAAAUCGCUGACAGACCAUAAAAUUAUCCUAAGUGGCAGAUCAGUUCAGAAACAUCAUUUCUAGUGUGCUCUGAAGGGGGUAUCCCUUCUCUUUCCCUCACUGAAAGACUAUUCACCAUUUGGCUCGUAGAGCCCCGACAGCAGGAGAGAAACAUCAGCCCAGAAAGGGCUGCAUGUGGCAGAUGUGACAGGCCAGUGCCUGGUUGUUUUUAAACUGUCCUGAUGCUGUGUCUGCCCUCUUUAAAAAGAGGGAGAGAGAAAAAAAACAAGCCAGAGGAAAAUUUCCUGCCGAUUGUUGUGUUUUGCAAACACUGGUCUUUUCUCUUGCCCUCUCCCUCCACUCCCAGCGAGGCUGGAGAUGAAAAUGGCUCCUUUGUUCCUUUCCCUGGGGCCCAACUGCAGCGAAAGUGCGGCUCCGGAAACCCUCCGCUGCAUGAGUGGUGAGGGUGGGAGGGACCAAGCUGUCACCGUGUGCGGUAGGUCCUACGUAAACACAGCAUGUGUUGACAAUGCUGGGAGCAGGAUGGGCGCAGAAGGACUCUGUGGUGCUGGUGACAAGGCUCCUGCACCGUUCCUCCUGUGGCAGUGAGCGGGAUGCAAAACCCGUGGGGGCAGAGGAAGGGGAAGUGGGUAUGAGUGGCCAUGUCAUUCCAGUAGGGGCUGAUCACAGGCUGGGGGGCUCUGGGCUUUUGGCUUUCCCCAGAGUGGGAACGUGCAACUCCAUGGAAGCAGGCAGCAUCCCACUAGGGGCUAACAGCAGUGCCCUGGCCCCCAUGCUGGGAUGUUCCUUCCGCACAUCCAGCCCUGUAGUCCUGAUACUCUGAGUUUGGCCACAGUCAUGCUCCAAACCCAAGUUUAGUCAUUCAAAACCCUUCUCUCAUCUAGUGUAGGCUGGACUACCAACUUCUCCCUUUUAUUAAAAUUACAGAAGUUUUGCUGCUCGCUGGGAACACUACUUGUUUUGUGUGCUGGUUGAUUUCUGUAAAUCCUAGAGCAAAGGCAAGGUUCCCUGGGCAGGGCACACAUGGGUGACCAGGACCACAGUGAACCCUGACCGCUGGGGCUGCCCUUGAGCCUGGAGGUGAACCUUUCUGUACUUAAGCAGUGUGUUUGUGUGUGUGUGUGUGUGUGUGUGUGGUCUGCGGGCACAGGGUCAUGUGGAUCGAGGAGCCCCAGGACACUCCCGAAGGGGCUGGAAGGAGCCUGCGUUUCUGCAGCCGGUGUAUCAGUACCUUGUAGAUGGCCUUUCUUCCCUCUCUCCUCCUUUUUUUUAAUAAAA